UCCAGGGGCCAUGGUAUGGUUUGCUACCAUCACACAUGAAGUACCUAGACGACGUCUCAUGCUAAAUAUGGCCGCUGUUAACCAAGGCACGAAACUUUUCGUUGCAAGAUUACCAUGGGUUGCUUGUCGAGAGUCAUUAUGGAGCCACUUCAAGCAGUUUGGAAACAUCAGAGAGACAAGAGUUAUAUUUGAUUCAAAUACAGGACGGUCAAAGAAGUUUGGUUUUGUUGUGUAUAAAGAUUCUGAUGCUGCUGAAAAGGCUCUGAGUUCUGGCCCACACAUUGUAGAAGGAAGAGAGAUUGCAGUUCUACUGUCAGAUGUAUCAAAUAAAGCUAAUUCAAGUGAAAGUGAGAAGGAAUGAUAUCCAAUGUUGUGCAAAAUAGAGACAAAAAUUUGUUAGCAGAGCCCUGUACAUCCAUGCUAACAUACAUUGGUUGAAAUUGUGUGCUGCUCUUCAUAAAAGCACAAUUGGUAUUGGUGACAUGAUGACCUUUCUAGCUUGUUUAGUGUGUGACAAUCAUUCUAUAUUGAAUUUUCCAUUGACUGAAUAUUUAUUGUCCAUUUAAUUUGUAAUUUUUGUUCAGUUGAUUUGGUCCAAGAACAGAUUAGUUAUAUGAAGGCAUUAAAAUGCAUA